UACCCCGCAUUGAAUUUUCUGCACCGCCCGCGGUGCACAAAGAAUUUCUCAUGUUCCUCCACUUUUAUGCAUCAUGGUCGAUUUUUUUUCAGUAGUCUAAUAUUCUUUUUCUCCUCCAAAAGCGACUUUAGGUCCGACGGCGGAAGCCUCUAGUCCGGAACCCUGCACGAAGAAAGCUAGGGAGCAAGGGAGAGAGAGGGAGAUGGAACCCGAUUCGGUUCGCUCGACCUUGUCCGGCCUCGCGCUGGGGAAUGUGAUGGCCGCGGCGGCCAGGGAUUACCAAAAGGAAUUGUUAGCCAAAGAGAAGACCCAGGCAAAGCCAGCUACCAACGACGUGGUUGAUCUUGAUGAACUGAUAGAUGACCCUGAGCUGGAAAAAUUGCACACAGAGAGAAUUGCAGCUCUUAAGAAAGAGUUUGAGAAGCGAGAAGUCCUAAAAAGGCAAGGUCAUGGAGAGUAUAGGGAGAUAACUGAAGGGGACUUUCUAGGGGAAGUCACUGGUAGUGAAAAAGUGAUUUGCCAUUUCUACCACCAUGAAUUUUAUCGUUGCAAGAUAAUGGACAAGCAUUUAAAGGCUCUGGCACCGUUGCACAUUGAUACAAAGUUCAUCAAGCUGGAUGCGGAAAAUGCUCCCUUCUUUGUGACAAAAUUAGCAGUCAAAACCCUGCCUUGUGUCAUGUUGUUCAAAAAUGGCAUUGCCUUCGACAGGCUGAUUGGGUUUCAGGAUCUUGGCAGCAAAGAUGAUUUCACCAUGAGAGCCUUAGAGAAUCUUCUGAAAAGAAAAGGCAUCAUAGAUGAAAGGAAAGCAGAUGACAAUGACGAAGAUGCAGACAAUUACAGACACAGGAGCAUCAGGGCCUCCGCUGUUCAGGAAUCUGAUUCGGACUGAGGGCAAAAUAAUCCUACUAUUUUUUUUUUUCCUUUUGAUGUCUAACUUGACCAUAUCUUCUGAGAGAUAUUAUUGAACAUGCAGUAGGGUUUCUUGAACCCACAAAUUCCCCCAAACCAUGCAGACUUCAUAUCAUCUAGGAUGUGUACUGAUAUAUCACCUUUCUAAUUUCAUCUCGAUCCAGUUGCUGUUCCUGUUCUCCAUCAAACUUAAGAUGGCUAGGCUAUUUUCAGCCGGCAUUACUCAUCAGAAGCCCAGUAGUUAAGAUAGAGAGAAAAAAGGCUGGUGUGUCAAGCUGGUUAGUACCUCAUUAUAUGUUUUGCUGCCCCUACUCUCGGAAUGAAUUUUUUCGGGGCUGUUUUAAGCUUGAUGUAGAAUUCAAGAGUAAAGAUAUUAUUUUUAUUUUAUUUCCUAAUUUUAUUAGAGAGUUGACUGAUAUUGUAGUUUUUCCAAAUCUGUGGGCUAAAUAUUCAUAAGUAGGUUUGCAGACUCUUGGAUCCUCCCUAUUAUUUCCCAUGCGAUCUAUUUGCGGUUGUUAUAUUAGGGAGUGUGUUCAUCUUAUUUGAUGUAUGAAAAAUUUGUUGUAUGAAUACAAUUCAAUUUAAAUUUAGCUGUGUCCUAAAAA